GAGAGCGAACGCGAACGAGUAAGAGAACAAGCAGGACAAAGACCGCGAGAGAGAGAAAAGAGAAAGAAAAUAAAAAAAAGAAAAAUCGGUUUUUCCAUGCGCUAAUCCAUUCCUGAUCACAUUGUCUGUCUGCAUCGUACAACGUACAAUUUUACACUUUAUGUAUUCGGCAGCGACACAGAGUAUCUUGUUAGCAUUCUCUUGUUGUCCAUUACUCUUUUACUCUGUUGCUCUCUGGCUCUUAUUUGCUCUGUUGCUCUCUGGCUCUUAUCCACACCUCUCUCUGUCUCUCCUACUUUUUUCCCUAUAUUAUGUAUCGCCUGUAAUCAAUCCACUCAUCAUAUAAUAAACCCACUCGCUCAUCCACCACCCACCACCCACCACCCAUUCACUUAUCCACCCACGCACCCACGCACCCAUCCACCCAUCCACCCAUCCACCCAUCCACCCAUCCACCCAUCCAUCCAUCCAUCCACUACUGAAAACCGCACAUUCGCAUAAUCACCAACCAACAAGCGUGCCCUUCGCUCCUCUCUUAUCCAGACCAGACACGCCCAGGAGACGAGAAGGCUCGCAUGAUAUCAAAGUCUCAUGUUCGUUCUUGAUUUUUGACGAUUCCUUCCUGAUUAUUCCUGAUCAUUCCUGAUUCCUGAUUCCUGAUUGUCAUUCAACACCCUUCUUCUUCUUCUUCUUCUUCUUCUUCUUCCAAAACGACGUAGUGGCAAAACACCAUCCUCCCCCCUCCCCCCAAAACCGAGACAAAAAUAAGGCUGUGUUGGGUUUUCUUUUCUUAUCUAGGGCAAGGAACGUUACUCAGUCUUAUUAAUAUUUUUAGUCUUUUUCUUAUUUUCUGACUAUUAUUAUUAUUAUUAUUAUUGUACGCGGUCGAAGAUCAAAUCAAGCCAAAUCAAGCCAAAUCAAGCCAAAUCAAAUCAAAUCUUUCUUUCGAUUUGUGUGAGAGGCCAACCCUGAAAAAGUUGUUCUUUCAGCCCUUAUUUGAACGUCAUUUUAUAAUACCACAGCGUUCCCCCCCAGAAAUCUCCCACAAUUUCAAAUCAACAAUCAACCUUUCACCUCUCUUGCCUCUUGCCUCUUGCCUCUUGCAUACUUUCAUACUUUCAUACUUUGAUGCUUGGUACUUGGUACUUGAUACUUGAUACUCUGAUACUCUGAUCCUCUGAUCCUCACCGACAUCGACCAAAGAAGAAUCAAUCUAUUCCAGGUGGACGCCAACUUCAUUCCCAUACAACGACAACACCUCUUCGCUUCCACCACCAACAACAACAACAACAUCAACAAUCAAUCCUUCCCUCCAUCGAGGAAGAGAAGACACCGCGUUGCCUGCCUUUCCUUUUAUUGCUUUCGUCGCAGUAACCUGGAAUAACUACUUGAUUUGAAUACAAUGUUUUUUCCACAAUUAUAGCAAUACUGUCCCUCAGGGACGCUCUAAUUCAACGGUCCUCCUUCGACCUUUGUCUUUUGAUCGGGAAAGAUAUUUGAAAGACGAAUCACUUCUCUUCGUCUCGAGCUCGAUACUGGCUCCUUUACCUUUUUGAUUCAUUACCAAUUCCCAACACAUCGAGGCUUCUCAAGAGUCCUCGACUGUUUCACUUCAUUCCAAUUUCACCAUCGGCAACCACAAACCGCGACCUUUUUUCUUUCGAUUCGAGGUCUUGCAACCGCCUCGAAAUCCACGUUCCGAUUUACAUAUUACGAACCCUUCCCGAGCGACCAUCUUCCAACGCUCGAUCCUACUUAUAUUACCUACCUAAUUAUACAUUCACAUUCAAACCCCCAAUCACGAUCCAAUUUUUACCAUGGAGGGGCAAGAUAUUUUGACGUGGCGUCCACAAGCGACGUCCACUCCCAAUAUGUCGACAACGGGCGACGAAGAAAUAAUACCUGCAGAUGUCGACGAACCUCCUGAACUACAAGCAAAAGAAUUCAUCAAAGCUCCCAUUCGCCCUCAAAAUGACCGCGCCGAAUCCUUGAUCACCAGAGGUUUACAUAUCGUCGAACCCGAGAUGCAAAAACCCGAUAUCCAUGUUACCACCGACCUAAUGCGCCGACGAUCCUUGAUGAGUACGGCAAGUCUCGCAUCUACCGCCGAGCUUACUAGCGAUGGAGGCUUUACAAGUCCUGCUCGCACAAAUACACCUAGCCCACCAUUCCCCAAUCCGUCAUACUAUUCGAUGGGUCGAAAGUCGGCAUAUCCUCCACCGGCUCCAGUCGUAUCUCAUGAAGUGGCCGACCCAAUCAUCGCCGUCCACGCGGAAAUCCUCCACGUUUCACCGAAAGCAGCACCAGUGGUACCCCUCGUGGCCGCUCCAAAGAAACGAUGUAUUAGUUUCGCUUGUGGUGCGCAAAAGGACCCCGCUCCCAAGCCAACGGCGAUCGCCGUCGCGAAGCCUCUGGAACCCGCCGCUCCUCUUGUCGAAGCUUUGAAACGCAAAUGUACCAUUAAAUUUGCUUGUCCUUCGAAGCCCACGGAAAAGCACGCGGAAAAGUCUGUAGAAAAGGUUGAGCCCACCGAAAAAACAUCUUACUCGAAACUCGCUCUGUCAGAUACCCCACCAGCACGAAGACGCGUCUCGAGUCGAUCACCAUCUACGUCUAGAAAACCCAGACCUACCCCUGCAUCUUCUCUUCGUCCCCAUCGCGAAUCCACAGGCACCGUGAGACGCGCAUCUCAGAGUCCUGUUGCGAUUAGGUGCAAGCCAAGGUAUGUCAUUGCCGGCGAAAAGGAUUUGCAAUCUGAGGCUGCCCGAUUCCACGAAUUCUGCAGUGAAGGUUUAGAAGAGGAUGACUGGAUCCGCAAAGAUGAAGAGGUCCCCAAGGCCCGAAUUACUAUCAAUGAUACCCUUGCCAAAGAGAUCAGAAUCCGUAGACUCGGGUCAGAAGCCGAGGAAGAAGCCUUGGAGGAAGAUGACGACGACGACGACGAAGAAGAAUUCGAUGAUGGAAACGACUCGGACAACGAAGAUGGCUCUGAUGAAGAAGAAGAUGACGAGGACGAUGAGACUGAUCGUGUCGACUCUGACGAGGGUUUCACAGACGGAAACGAGACUGAUAACGAAGCUGGUUUCGCCGAUUCUGAUGACGAAGAUGAUACCGAAGGUGAUUUCAAUUUCUGGACACCUGGCAGAUUGGAACAAGCUCGAUUUCCAAUCAUAAACACCGAAAUUAGCACUUAUCGUGCCUCUGCAAACCGUACUGCAUCAGCAUCAUCGAUCGAAUCCCUUAAUGGCGAAGCUCCUAUAAGAGAGUUGUCUAGAGGAAAGCGGAGGCCAAAGAAGACUCACAGCAUUAAGAUUCGCCCAGGAACUCCAGAUCUCCCUGAUAGUACCGAUUUUGUCUGUGGAACACUUGAUGAGGAUCGUCCUCUUGAAGAUGCUUACGUCUCUUGCAUGACAGCCAGAAAAUAUGCCAAACACAUCGCCACUCCUCAGGAUAUCGAUCCAUCUUUCCCAACAUCGGAUCCCGAGGAUGAAGAAGAUGAAGAGGAUGAUGCCGCAAAAACAAUUGAGAGUGACGAACAUGUUUGGAUGCAAGGAAAGUUCGAAGACUCGGAUUCGGAACGUCGUCGUUCCAGAUCUCGUAGAUCUCCUGGCCACAGUCCAAGAAGAUUACAUUCUCCCCCACCAAAACAACGUCUUCGCUCUCCACCUCCCAAGCAGCGUCUUCGGUCCCCACCACCGAAAAGACGUCUCCAAUCACCACCACCAAAGAAACGUCUUCAAUCACCUCCUCCCCGCAAGUUGUUUGGGAAUGAAUCUCCAAAACGUUUACGAUCUCCACCACCAGCACGUGCAAUUCAAUCUCCUCCUGGGUCACCUUCAGGCAGCGGAAGUAAGCCAAUUAAGUUCGCACCUUUAGGAUCUAGACCAGGCUUGACUCACACCAAGUCUCUUCCUCGUACACCAAAUGCAUUCUGUCGUCAAUACACUGCCAAUCGCAUUGCUGCAGCCAAUGAGAUUGCAGCCAAGGACGAUGGUGAUGGACCAUUACGAGGAGCAAUUGACAUUGUUAAAGGUCUUGAGCAAAAGCGACAAAGACGAAAGGAGAAGUUUUACCAAAAGCACUGCGCCAAUCGUGCACGCAAAGCUCAACCAGAGCGUAGACCUCAACCUGGCAAGGGCGCUGAACGCAUGCGUGAAUUGGGAUUACUCAUGGCGGGCAAGACGGGUACUAAUGACCCAUACAUGCUUUCUGCAUAAAUCCAUUGCAGAAAGAAAAAAACACACAUAACUAUUUUCUAUUCUUGAACUGUCAGGCUUUCUCUUUCCUCUCUCUGGUAGAAGAGUGUUUUAUUUUAGAUGAGAUAUACCCCCUUCUUCUGGAGUUUGAGAGGGAUUGGAAGAAAGCCUAUCGGGAACCCGUGAUCGAUCGAUCGAGAAAAACCGACGACGAGACGGCUUCGCUUGUUACUUCCAUGGAUGAUUUUUUUUGACUGGAACUGGAUGCGAAAUCCCGAUUAUUUUAUACACACACACUUUAUAUUGUAAAUAGGAAUGAAUAUUCAACAAACAUUUACCAUCAACAUUAUCUGGAUUAUUCAGUCAAUGGCUUCCGUUUCGAAUACCUGGUGAUCGAUGUUAUCUUGAACGACGAUUUGGUGUUGUGUUAUGUUUAUGUUUUUGAAGCUUUAUGGGAUGGUGUGUGUGAAUUUAUGAUAUUUCGUGGCUGGUUGUUCAGUGAGUGAGUGAGCGAGGUGAUGUGGUGAUAUCAUGAUUUAUGUUCUUUUCUUUUUCUUUGUUUCGUUUCUUUUCUUCUAGAGUGAUAUACAUUGGAUUUUUUUUAUUUUUUAUGUUUAUAAGUACCGAUUAUCUAUAUCUCAAAGCAUUGGAGUGGUAUUUUCAUUGGCAUUUUUUUUCGGGAGGUUUCUUUCGUUGGAGUGGUCUGGGAUUGCAUAUUACAUGGUUUAACUUGGCAUAUAUACCCGGGGUUGGGAAGGUAUGGUGUGGCUUUUUUGCUUUUUGUUAUUUUUUUUCUUUGAGUCCUGUUUGUUUUUGAGGGAGAGGAGGUUUGAGUCUGAGUUUGAGAGGGGUUGUGAGGGGAGAGAGGAAGGAGGGGAGGAUGCUAGGAAUGAGAUAUGAGAUAUGAGAUAUGAGGAUAGGGUUGACUUUUCAUUGGAAGCUGGAAGAUGGAAGAUGGAAGGUUGCUGGACUAAGAUGAGUUGUGUAGUGUAUGCUUGGUUGGUUGUGAAUCGGCGGAUCAGAUUGUUGAAGAAUGAGAAUGAGAAUGAGAAUGAGAAUAGGAACUAGAAAAGAAAACAGAGUGAGAGUGAGAAGGAUGAGUAGAUGCGUUUUCUUUUGAGCUGGGUAUUCAUGACUGGAUGACUGGAUGACUGGAUGAAUGAUGGGGGAUUAGCAAUGAAUGUAGAGAAUGAGAGGAAUUAGGAGGAGCGGGGGGUUGAUUGAAAAGUUAAGUUGGAUGUGUAUGUAUGUAUGUAUGUAUGUGAAGAGUGCCUCUAGGUACCUAGGAUAGAUAGGUGAAGAAUGAAUGCAUGCAUGCAUGCAUGCAUGAACAUAUAAAUACAUCAAUCAAUUGUUCACAAUUUUUUUUUUUAAAGGGAAUAGGCUAGGCUAGGCUAAUAAGUGGAAUAUAAUAUA